CUCGUGCAUCUCGACAGCGGCGACGCGCGACGACAACGACGGAGAGAAGCAAACAAGAGCGCGAGCGAUCCUCGUCGGCCUUGCCAAUGUCCACCGACGAGGCGAUCAUCGAGCACAAGGCCUAUGCUCGUAUAGGUCUUCUCGGCAACCCCAGCGACGUCUACUAUGGCCACACCAUCUCCUUCUCGCUCGCCAAUUUCUGGGCCUCCGCCCGGCUUCAACCCUCGCCGGAUCUCGUCAUCAAACCACACCCUGUCCAUGAUCUCGUCUCCUUCUCCUCCAUCGGACAUCUCAUUAAAAGGUUGGAGAGUGAAGGUUAUUAUGGAGGUGUGCGCUUGCUUAUGGCGCUCUGUAAAGUGUUCUACAAAUAUUGUUCUGAUAAUAACAUUGAGUUAAAGAAGGGGAAUUUUACACUUUCUUAUGACACCAAUAUUCCUCGCCAGACAGGGCUUUCAGGUUCUAGUGCAAUUGUUUGUGCUGCAUUGAACUGCCUUCUUGAUUUCUACAAAGUCAGGCACCUCAUAAAAGUUGAAAUCAGACCUGAUUUGAUUCUUGCUGCAGAAAAAGAACUUGGUAUUAUUGCUGGUCUUCAAGAUCGGGUUGCACAAGUUUAUGGCGGUCUUGUUGAUAUGGAUUUUAGCAAGGAAUGUUUGAAUAAGCUGGGACAUGGCAAGUACACACCUAUGGACAUUAGCCUUCUCCCUCCUCUUUAUCUUGUUUAUGCAGAGAAUCCAAGUGACUCAGGAAAGGUGCACAGCACAGUUCGGAAGAGGUGGCUAGAAGGAGACAAAUUUAUAAUAUCGUCUAUGAAAGAGGUUGCGAAGAUAGGAGUUGAUGGUCGUGAGGUUUUGCUUGCAAAAAAUCAUACUGAACUGACCAAACUAAUGAACCGUAACUUCGAUCUGAGGAGACAAAUGUUUGGAGAUGAAGUUUUAGGUUCCCUUAACAUCAAAAUGAUCGAGACGGCGCGAAGUGUAGGUGCAGCUGCAAAGUUUACAGGCAGUGGAGGAGCUGUAGUUGCAUUUUGCCCUGAUGGAACUGAACAAGUCAAGCUUCUUGAGAAGGCUUGCAGAGAAGCAGGUUUCAUUGUGCAGCAGGCCUUGGUUGUACCUCCCCUUCUUACAGAUGAAGACCUCAAAACCCUUUCAACCUGAUCAAAGUCAUUGAUCUAUAUAUAUAUAUAUAUAAUCUUCUCUUUUAGCAUCAUGCAUUAAAUAUUUUUUAUUUUUAUUUUUAUUUGUGUGUUUGUGUGUGAUUUUUUGGAUUUUAAUGUCUUGGAAAAAUGCAUUUGAUUUGGAGAUUUA